AACGCAUCGUUUCCAACUAUGGCGACUGCUGUUGAUCGUACAAGUGUAGGGGUAAAGUCUGGAGUGGUAUUUUUCUCAGGGGAUGUUUCCGUUGGCGUCCUAGCGUACGCUACUUCCGGAGAGCUAGUCAACACUGCAGUUCUUAGUGGUCGAAAGGUUGCAUCUGCAGUCACUGUAUUGAGUGUGUAUUCAAAUUCUAGCUUGCACUCGUGCUCUGCUGCUGUUUGUCGAAGUAAAGAUGUGGAUGUCAUCCAGGCUGAUGUCGACUGUCGUGAAGUGUUUGUCAAUGGAUCGGAAAGUAGGGGCUCGUCUGCUGUGUUGUUGUCUGUGACGUGUGACAACCAAACGACAACCUUACCCAUGCAGGUCUGGUAUCCGAUCCUACCGUUGCAACUAACUCUUGAAGACAAAAUUCUGAACGAAUUACGAGGGACUCAAUCAUCGACGGAUGGCUGUCACGUGGGACAUCAAUCGACAAGAGCGUUUGUACAGACGAGAUUUGAAGCUGGCAAUCUUCUCACUGAUCUGUUUGACGUCACGUCGCACGCCACUCUUAAUUCAUCCAACUCUAGUGUCGUUUUUGUGGACGGCGUGCACGUGGUAGGCAGAUCUGUCGGUGCAGCUGCAGUCGAGGUUUUCUCCACAAGAGGAGAUGUGGUUGCCAACACCUCGGUAAUCGUCUCAGACAGUCCCGUAUUCCUUGCAGGUCUGGACAUAUCCGUCGUGUCCGAGUUGAGAGUGAGUUUGGCUGACGGACCUUACAAUAGAUUGACGUCUCAGACAGUGACAAUAGAUGUGGAGCGGACGCUCGAAUUUGAAGGCAACCAGGCAUUUGUGAGCGUUGUUGCAGUCUUGUCAGACAACAGUAGAAUGUCGCUGCCGUCGUCGGUGGGCGCCGUUGACAUACUAGUAUCCUCCUUGGAUGACAGCAUUCUUACAGUUGAUGGACAAAACAUAGUCGCUCGUGGCUCUGGAAAUGGUCGGCUACUGCAAGUGCAGUGGAGGCUCUCUGAGUGUUCUAAUGCUAGUAUCAUUGAUCAGACAGUUAAUGUGUCUGUUAAUGUCCCUCAGCCGGAUGGAGCUGAAGUGUCUGAGUUUGAGAGGGAGUUGACGACUGUUGGUGAUCUGGCAGUGCAUUUUGGAUAUCAAACAUCGACUCGACUGACCAUCAGGCUCAUCUAUAACAAUGCAAGGGAGGGAUUUCUGGACGUUUCGACUGAUUCUAGAACGCUUGUGGAGGAUGUGUCACUUGAUUCUGGCCUCGUUAACAUGACGAGGACAACUUCGGGGCAAUGGAUGGUUUCUUCUAAUGAUGCUGGACGUUUUGGUGUCGCCACAUUAAAUGUGCGCUUUUCUCAUGUUGAUGUGAACAUCAACAUCUCUAUUACAGUUAUAGGAACAAAGGGUUUGGUUAUGUAUGGCAGACCAUAUCCCGAGUAUCCGGGAUCAUCAAACAGGUUGGUGACUUCACUGCGACCAAUAGGAGAGAGUGGUUUCAUGCAAAGAGUAGCCAUUGCGGCAUCACUUGAACUGACUCACUCAGUGUUUGUUGAUGUUUCGUCUCAUGGUUUUCUUCGAGUGAAUGUGUCUGCAAGCAGUGAGAGUCUCACUUCUCUGCUGUCUGUGUCUAACGAAUCUGGUCUUUACUAUGUGGUGUCUGUAGUCAGAGCUGGGGAGAUAGGAAACGUAUCUGUGAACGGUCAGUUUCUUGGAGUUCACUCUUCUCGGCCUCUAAUGAUUGCUUUAAUGUCAGAAGCUGUUUAUAUCUCAUCUAUUUUUGAUGUCUCUGUGGGUCGAGUGAAUGGAUCACAUCUGGUUGGAGUGAAGGAUGAAUAUUCCGUUCCCAUCUAUUUUUCUCUGUCGUUUGACGACGGCAGUCAGUAUGUCGAAUUUGUGUCAUCAAGCAGUGGUCCUGCUCUUCCGAGAUUGGUGACAUUUUCAAGCAGUAACCCGGAUGCGGUGUCAGUCAAUCCAGUGACGGGCGUUGCUACUUUGAAAAAUAAUUCGAUAGCCAUUGAGUCUAUUGUUGUGUCUGCCACUAACUCAUCGGCGAGUUCGAGCGUGUCGUUUGCUUGCAAUCUUAUGCCAUCUGUAGGGGAUGGAGAUAUUGGUGCGCUCAAUGGACUACCUUUUCCUUCACUUGCUGUUGCGACUGUCUUUAUCAUUCCUCUUAGAAUCAACUCAGGAAGUUUGUCUGUCGGGUCGUUGGACAUCAGACUGUACUACGAUUACACCAUUCUUGAAGCUAUUGACGUUACUCCAGGAAGUUCAUGGCCUUCAAGCGCCUUUUUUGUUUGGUCAACGAAUGACCCUCGGGGUCAAAUACAAUUUGGCGGUAGUGUUGAUAACGACAAGAUAAAAGGGAGCAGCUUGCAUAUAGCGAAUGUCAAGUUUAAGGCAAUAUCAACUGGCCGUUCUGUAUUGUAUGCUGAGUUUCUGACGUUUGCUGAGAGAAGUUUGUAUGGCCAAUCUAUUGGCCCACCAACGCCACGUGACUUUGUUGCAGGAGGAAACUUGAUGGUGGAGAUUGUAGGCUUGAGAACAAAGAGAUCAGAUACCAGAGAGCGAUCGUUUCAUCGAGAGACAUUGUACAAACGAUCAUCAGAUUGCUCAUUUCCACCAUGUGGUGACUGUCCUUCUGGUGAUGUGCCAGGAGACACAGACGGUACUUGUGUAUUUGACAUGCGAGAUAUUUCUUAUAUUUUGACUUAUCUGUCAGAAACGGCUGUUGCUUUCAGUGGCCCUUUUGGACAUGAGAUCAAAAACACUAUCAACAGUCAUCAACUUGAGAACAUGGAUGCAGACAAGAAUGGUGUCAUAGACACUAGAGAUGCUUACUAUUUGGCGAGAUUAAACUUUAACUUUUUACGAUUUGUCAAUAGUAUCAAUGUGUCUGAAGUGGGACACAAUGACUGUUGGUUGACAAUCACUGUUGCUUUGGAGUCACGCAACACAAUGUCAGCAGAAGGCAACAAAACAUCCAUCGCAUUGAUCUUUGAGGACAACGACCCGGACUUUAAUAAAAUGUUUGACUCAUCAGUUGUGAGAGUAGGAAAUGUAUUGCGUGUUGCGCAAGAGGACAAAUUGAACGGUCGUGUUGUAUUGUGUCAUUACAUUGGAUUGGGGAGAUUUCAAGUAUCCUUUAACACUUCGAUCAACAAGACCAAUAUUGGUCUGUCUAUUCUUCAAGUGACGUUUAAUGAUCUGGGAAUGAGCAGUGUGGCUCGCACUGCUUUUAUCCGAAAAAGUGUUGCCUCGUCUGUGGCUCUGUAUCCUCCAAUUCGAGCGACAUUGUCGGUCAUGACGUUAUAUGUUGACGUCAUUGCGACCAAUGGAUAUAAUCCUUUGCUAAAAUUUAACAAUACAAUAACAACAUCGGAUUGUUUAACAGUUCCAAAGCGACCACUUGUGUUUGCCUAUCAACAACCAUUGUUAACAUCUGUGGGAGGAGCUCUUCUGUUGUCACCGAUUCUCAGUCAUGGUCCUCUGAAUUUCACUACUAAUUUCACUGUUCUAUCACUCCAGCAAGGAGCAUUUGAUGCCGCCUAUGGAAACGCGACUUCUUCUACUGUUUAUGAUGUUGCAACCUUGCCUGCAUCUAGUGUGAGUGCUUACAUACUUAACGACCAUAUGACGGUUUGGGAAGACGACAGAGACGUUCGAGUUGCUCUACAAGUGAGAGAUCGUUUUCACAGUGUGCGAACGUCUACAGACUUAGUAGCUGUUCGAAUCACUAGAAACGGUGCGUUGCAGAACGCCAAUUGCCGUCCUAAUGCUGUGUCAGGAUUGUGUACGGCAUCCCUUCCUACUCCUCUGUCUUGGUUUCCAGCCAGCGGAUCUGAUUUACUGACGGUGACAUACUCGUUGCCAGGUCACUUGUCAGAGAGUGUUGUGGGCCACGUGACGCUGGGGGCAAAGACAGUGAGAAGAGUGAACAACAAUGUGAUCGUCAUACUCCCACAGAGAACUCUGUAUCGUGGCAACACAUUUAAGUCUGCAGUUUCAGGCCGGUUCUGGUCUGCGUAUUGA